CUACCUAGCUAUAUCGCAAGCAGUUAAAAAUUCCUUAUCUUGUUGAAAUUAUGUUCCUGCAACAGAUGUUAUUAAUCCAGCUCUCUCUCUGGCUAGUAGUAUCAACAUCUGUUGUAGUUUCUGCUUUUUUUGUGACAAAGCCAGGUUGCCAAGCAAAAUGCGGUAAUAUCAGUAUUCCUUACCCUUUUGGUACAACUGUUGGAGGUAAGGAUGAAGGUGCAGGAGGUUGCUCCAUAAAUGGAUUUGGGUUUGGAUACAACAUUAACUGUGAUACAUCUUAUGAUCCUCCCAGGCCAUUUAUUGGCACAGGUCCCUUUGAGAUAUCAAGUAUAUCAGAAACUGAAGUUCGCGUCAAGAACGAUCCAUCAGCAUUAUGUUACAAUAUGUCAGGUGAUGCGGUGUUAGAACAACAAAUAGUCACAAGGGAUUUUCUUUCUACUGCGUUUACGUUCUCCAACACAAAGAACAGAUUUUUUGUUGUUGGGUGCUGGUCUGGUGGGAUUAUUCAAGUUCUUGAUGAACAAUAUCAGGCAACUCAAACAACCCAGUGUGUGUCAAAUUGUAACUCUAGGGAACAAGUGAAAGAAGGGUUAUGCAAUGGCAAUGGGUGUUGCCAGAGCGCCAUUUCGAAGGGGAUGCAGAUAUCUAAAACAGGAGUGGUUAGAAGUAACACCACCUAUUUGUCUUUCAAUCCUUGCAGCUACGCAUUCCUAGCUGAUUAUGAGCAGUUCACCUUCAAUGCAUCUUAUCUUCUGGAUGAUCAGAGUAAAAUAAGAGACGUACCUUUCGUUCUCGAUUGGGUUUUAGGGAAUAAGACAUGUGAAGAAGCAAUAAAAGAUUCAGACACUUAUGCUUGCCAGGAGAACACCUACUGUCAAAAUUCAGACAACAGUCCGGGAUAUCGUUGUACUUGUCUUGAAGGUUACAAGGGCAACCCCUAUCUCAAACCUGGAUGCCAAGACGUGGACGAGUGUGAGGAUCCAAACAAUAAUCCUUGUGAGGGGAUUUGCAUCAACACCAAUGGCGGCUACAAUUGUACUUGUCCCACGGGAAGUGUAGGCGAUGGGAGGAAAGACGGGCGAGGUUGCACUAGCAGCAUUGUCAAGAAAGAAAAGUUUCCAAUUCUAAGAGUUGCUCUUGGAAUUGGUUUUGGACUAUUGUCUAUAAUUGUUGCGAGUUGCUGGUUAUACUUUAUCAUGAAGAAGAGAAAGUCAAUCAAACUGAAAGAAAAAUUCUUUCGGCAAAAUGGGGGAGAGCUAUUAAAACAACAACUAUCAUCAAGUGAAGGGGGUGUCGAGAAUUCAAAGAUUUUUACAGCGGAAGAGCUAAAAUUAGCAACCAACAACUACGAUAAUAAACUGAUCCUUGGACGAGGAGGCUUUGGGACCGUUUACAAGGGAACCUUACCGGGUGACCGUAUAGUCGCCAUUAAGAAGUCUGAAAAGGUUGAUCCAAGUCAAAUAGCGGAAUUUAUCAAUGAGGUUGUUAUUUUAACUCAGAUUAAUCAUCGAAAUGUGGUGAAGCUCCUGGGUUGUUGUUUAGAAACUGAAGUUCCCUUGCUUGUUUACGAAUAUAUUUCAAAUGGCACACUUUUCGAACACAUCCACUCCAGCGUCGGAAUGACUUCCCUUUCAUGGGAAAGCCGUUUGAGGAUUGCUGUAGAAACUGCAGGUGCACUUGCGUAUUUGCACUCUGCAGCUUCUACACCCAUCAUUCACAGAGAUGUCAAGUCUGCCAACAUACUUUUAGAUGAAAAAUACACUGCAAAAGUCGCAGACUUUGGAGCAUCAAGGUUAAUUCCUUUGGACCAAACAGAACUGGCAACUCGAGUACUGGGGACAGUUGGAUAUCUGGAUCCGGAAUACUUUGUUACAGGUCAACUGACAGAGAAGAGUGAUGUUUAUAGCUUUGGUGUUCUUCUUGUAGAGCUCCUUACAGCAAAAAAGGCCAUUUUAUCCAACAUAUCCAAAGAAAUGUCAAGUCUGGCUAUGUAUUUCAUUUCGUCGAUGGAAGGAGACAAUUUGUUCCAAAUUCUUGAGGCUCGGGUAGUAAAUGAAGGGACACCAAAACAAGUUCUUGCAGUUGCAGAGCUCGCAAAGAGAUGUCUUGACUCAAAGGGGGAGCAAAGGCCAACAAUGGGACAAGUAACAAAAGAGCUAGAAACUUUGAGAGGGGUUGAGACAAAGCGUGAAACAAAUACAAGCUUACCGUCUGAGCCACAAGACCUCUAUACUAUACCACUGGCCUCUUCCACCUUGUUUGAAUCUGGGCGAUGUAGUUUGGGUGAAAAUACGAUAGCCUCGAUGAAUACCCCUAGAUGAUUGUCCAAUUUCAUGAACCUUGAUUGGCUGUAUAACAAGCCGAAUUUCCCAGCGAAUUAGUGUGCAAAUGUAGUCAUCUAUAGUAUUCUAGGAUGUCUCUAACUCUAAACGCCUUCUUUAGUAAAACUAUCCUUUUUCUUUUUUC